GGCAAAUUAGCCGUAGAUUUAAUGGCAUUCGCUGCUGGACAAGCGGUGAUAUUCUACACACUUAGAUACAUUCUCAAUUCAAACGAUCCAUUGAAAUCUAAACGUCAAGGUACUAAGAGCAAAUCAGCACAAAUUUUAGAUAGACUGGGUAGAAAUGAUAUUACAUUAAACGAAUAUGAAGAGAUAAUCGCAUGCGAGAUUGUCCUACCAGAAGAAAUCAACACUACAUUUGAGGAUAUAGGUGGAUUACAACACAUAGUAUCAAACCUGAAAGAGAACGUUAUCUAUCCGCUCAAAUUACCGAGCUUGUUUUCUGGUUCUCAGAAUCUUCUCAGUCCACCAAAGGGUGUGCUACUCUACGGUCCACCAGGAUGUGGUAAAACAAUGUUGGCGAAGGCAUUAGCGAAAGAGUCUAACGCCACUUUCAUCAAUAUGCACGUGUCAACAUUAACAGACAAGUGGUUCGGAGAGUCAAACAAGUUGGUUGCUGGUUUGUUCUCACUUGCGAAGAAAUGUCAACCUUCAAUCAUUUUCAUUGAUGAAAUUGACAGUUUCCUCCGCGAGCGUGGAAGAGGUGACCAUGAAGUGACGAAUAUGAUGAAAGCUGAAUUUAUGACUUUCUGGGAUGGUCUCUCAAGUGAAUCUAAUGAUAGAAUUCUUGUUCUUGGCGCAACUAAUCGUCCAAAUGACAUUGAUCAGGCUAUCCUAAGACGGAUGCCAAAGCGUUAUCCAGUUAAAGUACCAAAUGAUGAACAGAGGAAGAAUAUUUUAAAUUUGAUUCUCAGAGACACGACAUUAGCUCAGAAUUUCGAUGUCAACCAGCUCGUUGAUAUAACAAAUGGCUUAACUGGAUCUGACUUACACGAGUUAUGCAGGAAUGCGGCUAUGAUACCAAUGAGAGAGCUAAUGAGAAAGCAUGAUCCAAGCACAUUAGAACAUGAUAUUAGCAAAAUCAAACCACGUCCAUUGACGAUAACGGACUUCAUGACAGCUUCAAACGAAGAUGAGGAUGAUAUGCCAACAUAUGAUCCAACUAUAGAUGGUAAAAUACGACAAAUAAGGGAUAAUUUAGGUGGAUUAGAUUAAAAGCACACAAAAGAAAAGAUUUGUAGUAAUAUCUGCAUGAAUGUACACCCAAAUAAGAAU